GUUGUUGAACUGUCAAGUACACGUUUCGAAGAGGUUAUGUUUAUUCCUUAGAUUUAUUCAGUAAUUCAGUGAUUCUCUCAGUUUUAAUUAUAUUUUAGCUAUAAAAUGGGUGACUUUGUGUUAAAUAACAGUGAAUCAGAAGUAGAUUCAGAUGACGAGUUGCAAGAAGCGUUCGCGAAAGGCUUGCUCAAGCCAGGUCUCAAUGAAGUGAUUGAGAAAGAAGGGAAGAAGCAUGUAAAUAAUAUAACAGACUUGAAGCUGAAAUUGAAGGAGUUUCAGCUAAAAUUGCCAUGGAUCGAAACACUUGAUUUGGUGACUGCAGUUGCUCCGAUGGCACCGGAUGUUGCGAUGCAAAUACAGGAAACUGCGCAGAGGAGAAAGAACAUAAAGGAAAACAGCAAAGGUACCCACUUGUACGACCCGUCGCAGGACCCCGUGCUGAACGAGUUCAAGCGAGAGAACCUCAUCCACCGGCAGGCGCAAGCCGCCGUCGUGGAGGGCCUGAAGAAACUUAAAGAACUGAAUAUUCCUACUAGAAGACCCGAAGACUACUUCGCAGAGAUGGCCAAGACGGAUGAGCACAUGCAGAAGGUUCGCAAGAACCUGCUCGCCAAGCAGGCGGCUCAAGCGCGAACGGAGAAGGUUCGCCAGCUACGCGACCAGAAGAAGAUCGCCAAACGAGUGCAGAUCGAUGCCCGAUUGAAACAGGCAUCAGAAAAGCGAGAGAUGCUCGAACAGCUCAAACGAGUCCGCAAAGGCAAAUCCACUGACCUAGACUUCUUAGAUGACAACAAAAAUAAAGGCAAAGGCCCACAGAACAAGAUAUCCAGAAAGCGAGCCAUGAAGGACAAGAAAUUCGGCUUCGGAGGCAAAAAGAAAGGAUCUAAACUGAAUACUAGGGAGUCUUCAAGCAAUAUGGACGGAUUUAAUAGUUCAGCGAAGAAAAAACCGUUCGAUUAUAAGAAUGCCAAGAAUAAACAGUUUAAACCUAAAGGAAAGAAAAAUGUGAGGCCCGGAAAGUCUAAGAGGAAGAAUGCUAAGAGAUAAUGUAUUUUUUAAAUAAAUUGUUUAGUGACUA